GCUACCUAGGUCAUUUAUUCCUCUCCCUCCCAGAUCUGCGCUCUCUUGGCGGCGACUUCUCGCGCCUGAUCGAUCGAUUGAGCAGGCGGCGGCAGCGGCAGCGGCAGAGGCGGCCAUGGCGCUCAAGGAUGAGCUCGACAUCGUCAUCCCCACGAUCCGAAACCUGGAUUUCCUGGAGAUGUGGCGGCCCUUCUUCCAGCCCUACCAUCUGAUCAUCGUCCAGGACGGGGAUCCCAGCAAGACGAUCAAGGUGCCCGAGGGCUUCGAUUACGAGCUCUACAACCGCAAUGACAUCAAUCGCGUCCUGGGCGCCAAGGCUUCGUGCAUCUCCUUCAAGGAUAGCGCCUGCCGCUGCUUUGGCUUCAUGGUUUCCAAGAAGAAGUACAUCUACACCAUUGAUGACGAUUGUUUUGUUGCCAAGGAUCCUUCCGGCAAGGAUAUCAACGCUCUGGAGCAGCACAUCAAGAAUUUGUUGAGCCCUUCGACGCCGUACUUCUUCAACACGCUGUAUGAUCCAUACCGCGAAGGCACCGAUUUCGUCCGCGGCUAUCCUUUCAGCCUUCGCGAGGGGGUGACGACGGCCAUCUCCCACGGCCUCUGGCUCAACAUUCCGGAUUACGAUGCUCCUACGCAGCUAGUAAAGCCAGCUGAAAGGAACACAAGAUACGUGGACGCUGUGAUGACGAUUCCCAAGGGAACUUUGUUUCCAAUGUGUGGGAUGAAUCUGGGAUUCAACCGGGAGCUCAUUGGGCCGGCUAUGUACUUCGGUCUCAUGGGUGACGGCCAGCCAAUUGGUCGCUACGACGAUAUGUGGGCCGGAUGGUGUGCCAAGGUGAUCUGUGAUCAUCUUGGCUAUGGUGUCAAGACCGGCCUGCCUUACAUUUGGCACAGCAAGGCGAGCAAUCCCUUCGUCAACCUCAAGAAGGAGUACAAGGGGAUCUUCUGGCAGGAGGAGAUCAUCCCCUUCUUUCAGAAGGUGAGCCUCCCAAAGGAGUGCACCACUGUGGAGCACUGCUACAUCGAGCUCGCCAAGCAAGUCAAGGACAAGCUUAACGGCGUGGAUCCUUACUUCGCCAAGCUCGCGGAUGCCAUGGUGCAAUGGAUCGAUGCUUGGUCGGAUAUCAACUCUCCCGAGGGAGCGAAGAUCUUGGCGAAUGGCCCGUCCAAAGUGAGCUCCAGAUCUUCGCCAGCGGCGUCCAAGUGAUCUUUCGAUGGAGUCUCGGCGACACUGAUGAUUGAUAUGUGCUGACAACAAGAGCAAAGAGUUCCACUCCUCACCACUACACACAUUGCGGGAAAAGAAAAGAAAAUUAUUUGCAUAAGUUCUUGUAUUGAGAAACCAUCUAAAAUCUAUCAUUUGCUUGCUUCAA